AUGGAUAGCUUAUUCAAGUUCCUCUUAUUACUGUGGUGUGUCCAAUGUGCGCUUGGUGCAUCAAAGUCCAGGCCUAUCACCACAACCCUGGAAGCAAAAUGGACAAGGCAUUCAGUCGCCAUGGAAACCAGUGAAUUCAUAGCAGAAAAGAGCGAUGCAGCCUUCUGGAAAUUCCUGGAACAAGUGUCGGCUUAUAAAGAAAACUUCAGUCAUGACGAAGCCUUGUAUCACUUCACACUCAAGAUGGCUAAUCGUCACUUGUCAAGCAUGGAACUGGACUUGCUGAAAUGGGCCCUCUCCAUUCAUGCCUACGCUCCUAAAAUUGAGAUGUACCACCAGAUCGCAAGGAGCCUCGCGGUACCAGAAAAUUGUGAUACUUUCAUCGAUGUGCAUGGGAAAUUUACCUGCUCACUUGACAGACUGGAUGAACUUAUAGGAAACGUUGGUGAAAGGCGUAAACCUGACAUCUUUAAAGUUGAUCAUGAGUAUAAGCGAUCAUCUAAUGGAUCAGUGGUGGCAGUCUUGUACGGUGACAUAAGUGAUUACAAGUCAAAUGUUGCAGAAUUCCACAAAGCCCUCGCAAGUAAAGCUGCCUCUGGAGAUAUCCAGUAUGUUUUUAGACAUUACCAAAGGGAAUCUUCUGGGGUCAAAGUUCGUCUUUCUGGUUAUGGUGUGGAACUGGCCAUCAAGAGCACGGAAUACAAAGCAGUGAAUGAAGAUGAGAACAAAGACGGCUCUGCCAAGACUGAAGCCAGUGUUGAUGAUGGGCCGGAUGAAAUCGAGGGAUUUGUCUUCAGUAAACUGAAGGAACUCCACCCGGAUUUGACCGAGGAGCUUACUCAAUUCAAACAGCAUUUGGUGGACAACACCAAUAUAAUGGAGCCCCUCAAAGUAUGGCAACUACAAGACAUCGCCUAUCAGGCAGCGCAGCGGGUACUGUCCACCCCUUCAGAGAACGCUCUUCAGGUGUUGACGGAUAUCAGCCAGAACUUUCCUCUUCUAGCUCGUUCCUUGAUCAGAACGCCGGUGAAGAAUGAGGUCCAGAAGGAAAUAAAGGAGAACCAGAAAUUAUUUGGGAUGAAUCAUAACACAGAUCAAGGAGAAGCUAUCAUCAUGGUGAAUGGUUUGGUCAUUGAUACAGAAGUAGCUGAUCCUUUUAUGCUUCUUGAUUUGUUGAAAGCAGAAGGAAAGCUUUUAGAAGGUCUCCAUCAGCUUGGUGUACAGGGUAAUAGCCUGACAGAUGUUAUGAAAACCAAGAUAGAGUCAUUGCAAGACAGUUAUGCUGUAGACAUCAGAGAUAAUGCAGUCAUUUACAUCAAUGAUCUUGAGAGUGAUACGAAGUACAAAGCAUGGCCGUCUCAUAUCCAGGAAUACCUCCGACCGACAUUCCCAGGAAUGCUCAGACAUGUUGCCAAGAAUGUCUUCCAUAUUACGCUCAUCUUAGAUCCAACCAGCCCUGACUCCAUGCUCCUCCUCGACCAAACCGAGAUGCUUUACCUCAGCGACGUUCCCUUAAGGUUUGGCUUCGUCUUUGUCGUCAACGAUGAUGACAACGUGUAUGGAAGGGAUGAUGCCGGUGUUGCCAUGGUGAGAGCGUUUAAUUUUGCCCUGAUGGAAGAGGAUGGUGGGAAAGCCAUGGAUCUUAUCACAAAGAUCCAUAGGGAGGCUGAUGAUGUGGUUCAGCCCGGUGACGUCAUAACAGUGAUAAAGCAGAUGUUCCCUGGCGAGGAUGUUGAUGACAUCAUCGGCCCUGAUACAGACUACGAUGAUCACAGACAGGAUGGCAAGGCAUUCUUGAGAAAGACGGCUCUUCGUGAUACGCCUCAAGUUCUAAUGAAUGGUGUGCCAUUGUCCAGAGAUGAGCUUGAUCCAGAUGUAUUUGAAGAAGCAGUUGUCACAAACAUCUUACUGAAUACAGCCGACUUUCAAAGAGCAGUUUACAGAAACAAAGUUGGAGAGCACACAGAUCUGCUGGAGUAUGCGAUGACCCAACCUAAUGUGAUGCCUCGUCUCAAUCUCAAAAUUCUUAAAUCUGACAAUCCCAUCAUUGACCUCACGGGGUCUCCAGGUUCAGCUACCAUUGAUACUCCCUUAGACACCCAUGGACUCUCUUCAAGUCAGUUGACAGGACUUCUAGCAGAUUCAAUCAAGUAUCUUACAAAGAAAGAUGAUGAUGCAAUAAGACCGGUAUCCAUGUGGGUUGUUUGUGAUCUGGAGGCGGAGGAAGGCAGGCAGGUUGCGAGGGAUACUCUUCAAUAUGUGAAAAUAUCAAACAACGUACGACUAGGGUUGGUCUACAAUGCCCCACUUCCAAAGGACGAUGCCGCAGCCUUUUGGCUUGUUAGGGCCAUCCAAGCUGCUUUGGAGACACAGACGAGGAACUAUGCCAAGAAUUUCAUCUUUAAGCUCCUCAAGGAAGAGAAUUUCAAGAGCAUUCAAGAAGGAACAAAAACACCCCAGGACUUUGAAGUCAAUGGCAUGGAUAUGAAAGCCUUUACUGAAGCUUACAACAAACCUCGCAAGGCAUUUCUAGAGAAUCAUAGGGCCUUUGCUUCCGACGUUCUAAGUCUGGGGCUAGGAGACAGAACCAUCGUAGCAAAUGGAAGGAUAUUUGGACCAUUUUCGCCUGAUGAGCCUAUAGAAGUAGCUGAUUUUGAGCUUAUAGAAAAAUUGAUCAUGAGUAAUUCUGCUGCCAAUGUGAAAAAUAAGCUGAAGAACCUAAUAUCUUCUAAGGACAGGAGGAAAGACUUUGCCAGUGACAUGGUGAUGAAGACAGACGCUCUACUAGCAUCUAGUUCUCAAUCAGAUUCAAGGAAAGAUACUCAAUAUUGGAACAAAAAACAUAGCAUGAUGAAUAUUCCACCAAGAAAUUCUGACCAGGCUAGCUAUGAUAUUGUGGCCGUCUUGGACCCCUUAUCAAGGGCAAGCCAGAAGUGGAGUCAGCUUCUUCAUGUGCUUCACCAGGUGUUAAAUGUGAAUAUCAAUAUCUACAUGAACCCAAGGGCACAGCUUUCAGAGCUUCCUCUAAAGAGUUUUUACCGAUAUGUUUUGGAACCAGAACUGGUCUUCAGGGUGGAUAGCAGUUUCACUGCAGGACCAUCGGCUAAGUUCCUAGGCAUGCCCUUGGACACCCUACUUACCAUGAACUUACUCACCCCAGAGAGCUGGCUUGUUGAAUCGGUUAGGACAUCUAGUGAUCUGGACAACAUCAAACUCAGUGAGGUACCCGGUGGAAUCCUUGCCGAGUAUGAGUUAGAGUACUUACUCCUUGAGGGACAUUGUUUUGAACAGAACUCUGGACAGCCUCCCAGGGGCCUUCAGUUCACCCUUGGUACCGUCACCCAGCCUGUCAUGGUGGACACCAUUGUUAUGGCAAACUUGGGUUAUCUUCAGUUGAAGGCCAACCCAGGAGCCUGGUUGUUGCGUCUCAGACAUGGACCUUCUUCAGAUAUCUAUGAGAUAGCAAGUCAUGAAGGUACGGAUUCCUCUGAAGGAAGCGAGGAGGUUCAGGUCGUUAUGAGCAGUUUCAAGGCUAAGAUUGUCAGGAUGAAGGUGAAGAAGAAGCCUGGUAUGCAGGACGUUGACCUCCUCUCGGGUGAUGGAGCUAAGGAGGAGAAUGGUGGAGCAGGAGGAGGUGGUGGAGGAGGAGGACUCUGGAACUCCAUCUCAAAUUCUAUUUCUGGUCUUACUGGGGGAGGAUCAGGAGGAGUAGCUAAAAAGGGUGCAGAGACCGGCAAUGGGGACCUGGAUAAUCAGCUGAAUAUCUUUUCAUUGGCAUCGGGUCAUCUCUAUGAAAGAUUGCUUAGAAUCAUGAUGUUGAGUGUUCUCAAGCACACAAAGUCUCCUGUCAAAUUCUGGUUCCUCAAAAAUUACCUUUCACCUUCAUUCAAGGAAAUAAUACCAGAUAUGGCUAAGGAAUAUAAUUUUGAAUACGAGUUAGUUCAGUAUAAGUGGCCUCGGUGGCUCCAUCAACAAACAGAAAAACAAAGGAUGAUAUGGGGGUACAAAAUUCUUUUCCUUGAUGUUUUGUUCCCGCUCAACAUCAAGAAGAUCAUUUUUGUGGAUGCUGAUCAGAUUGUUAGGGCAGACAUGCAGGAACUGGCUGACUUUGACCUCAAGGGGGCGCCCUAUGGUUAUGUGCCGUUUUGUGACAGCAGAAAAGAGAUGGAUGGUUUCAGAUUUUGGAAAUCGGGAUACUGGGCAAACCAUUUAGCAGGAAGAAAAUACCACAUUAGUGCCUUAUAUGUGGUAGAUUUAGUGAAGUUCCGUAGAAUAGCAGCAGGUGAUCGCCUGAGAGGACAGUAUCAAGCUCUCAGUCAAGAUCCUAACAGUUUAUCAAAUUUAGAUCAGGAUUUACCUAAUAACAUGAUACAUCAAGUUGCUAUAAGGUCGUUACCUCAGGAAUGGCUCUACUGUGAAACGUGGUGCCACGAAUCAGAGAAACCUAGAGCUAAGACAAUAGACUUGUGCAAUAAUCCCCUUACAAAAGAACCUAAGCUUACAGCAGCAGUAAGGAUAGCACCAGAAUGGGUGGACUAUGAUAAUGAAAUCAAGAAUCUAUUAGAGAAAAUAGCUAAUGCCAGCCAAGAAGAAGAAUUAGAAGAAGAAGAAGAAGAAAUUUUUGACGAACCAGAUACGGAAAAAGAUACACAUGAGCACAUAGAUUUAUGAUGAAAGCUUUUCUUAGUCAGCAUAUCUUCUUGGUGGGGGAGUAUCUUCUAGGAUAACCUUGUAACAGAACUGAGCACAACCUUGUUGCUUCAUAUGGACUUGUAUAGCUCUUCAUCUUAUUUAAUGCAGUCAAACCUGCUUUAGCGACCGUCUGUAUAGGACCACUGUCUCUAAGGACCAGGGACCCGUCUUACAAAGAGUUGUGAUCAAUCCGAUCAACCUCAACUACAUGGAUAUCCAUCAAUGUCAUAAUUUUUCCUACAGGAAAUUUGCAUAAUGUCCUUUUGAAAACAAAGAAGAGCAUUCUGAAUUGUUCAAAAAAUGAUGAAUUUGUGCAUAUUAAUUAUAUCUAGAGAACAUUUUGAACAAACUUGCAUUUUAAAUGUUGACAUUGCUGGCUUUCCGUAGUUGUGGUUGAUCGGAUCAGUCACUGGUCUUAAUAAGAUGUGGCCCAGAAGAUUGAUUUUCUUGGUAUUGUACUUCCCAUUGAAAUGUGUAUUACAGGAACCUGUUAAUAAAGACCAUCUACUCAUAAAGAAUCACUUCCUACUCUCCCUUGAUCGGUCUUUAUGUACAGGUUUACUUCGUAAUAAGAACCUGUCCAUAAAGAUCACUUUUCCUGUUUCCCUUUAGCGGUCUUAACCCUAUCUAGGCCGGGGUAUUUUGGGAGUUCAUAUGGCUGGGGGGGGGGGGGGGGCUUCCCAGGCCCCCCCUUGAGAUCUCGGCCGUCGACCGCGCGAUCGAGCCGAAAAUUGGCACGCAGGUUGUCUGGGAUAUAAUCUACAAAAUUGUAUAGUAAUUUAUUUCAUGCGAAUUGUUAUUAAGUAAUUAGGCUAAUUUAUGCGUAAUUAGUAUGCAAAAUCAUACUUUUUCCUCUAACUCUAUAAAUAAAGCUCCAAAUGCUCUAAUUUUUGGCACAGAAACUCUUUGUGGUGUCCUUAGCAAGUUUACAUGAAAAAAAUUGUGAUAUCAGAUCAAUUUCUUAUGUAUUAUAUUGUUUUUUGGACCCUUUGUUUUUCAUUUUUUUUCAACAAAAUUCUUUGGGGACUCUUCUAAGAUCAUAAACAGCAUAAAAAACAUACAUUUAGACCAGCAAAACAAAAAAUAAUCAUACAUUUAUGAUUUUUGGUUGAAAACACAAUUUACAUUGACUUUGUACACGAAAUCACGUUUUUGAGCAAUUUUUGGUCUGACAUGCACUUACAUAACGUUGCGUAAUUUCGGAACCGCAUACCCGGGUGACGCAAAAUUGGUCUCAAAAGUUGCGCAAGACUUGAAAGUAAAAAGUCAGCGAGCAGCGCGGUGAAAAAAAUUUGCGCGGCGAAAAUAUCGCGCGACUUGUUGAGGGGGGGCCUCGGAGGCCCCCCCCCCGGCCUAGAUAGGGUUAAUAGACAGGUUUUACUGUACUAAGUAAUUUUUUGUUUGUUUCAUUUCCAUGCACUUCAUGGUAGUGUGUGCAUGGGUUUGGAUACACUCUGAAGAAUGGCUUAUUAUGCUGAAACACAUUGGUUGGUACAGCUUCAUGAGUUCUAACAGAUAUUCAUGGAGUAACAGUUGCUACAUUGUAACUCAUUUUGAGUUGGAUAAAAAAAAAAUGAUGGUCAUGAUAUAAACAACUCAGCUCAACAAAAAAAAAAAAAACAGAUUGAGCAAACAUAGACCACAGGCUUCAAUGUAAAGCCCCAGUUGCUCUUGUGAAUGUGACUCCAAACUGACUUCAGCUGCAUGUACAUGUGUUAUGGUAUUUCCAAUGACAUACCAUUCGUUGGUUUCGAGUCGGCUUCAUCAGUGUCACUAAGGCAGUAGCAGUAGCAUAAGGUACAUGUAUGAUGGGAUAUUUGCGGGAUUCGACUCUUUACAACCAAUAGACUACCAGGGGUAAACGUACACAUGAAAGUGAUUAUCAAAAGUGGGUGAGGAAAAAAGAAAUAUCUCAUCUAAAUAUCUUCAGAAAUUUUACCUCAAACCAUAGAAAUGUUAUAAUGAAAUAUUGACUGCUUAUGAGGGCAAUAGUAAAAAUUAUUGCCCCGAACUGAUCUUGAGACUAUAGGCCUACUAUUUUCCUGAGCCUGAAGAUCGACGGGAAAAAGUAGGCUUAUUAGUCUCAAGAUCAUUUAUAGAUAAUGGUUUUUAUCAUUCCCUGAAUAUUAGUUUUAUACACUAAUUAUUUUUUGACAGGGCAAUAGUAAAAAUUAUUGCCCUGCUCAAAUCAUGCCAGUCAGUAUAUGUAUUUAUGAAUCUUCAGGUAGUAUUCUUACUGAUCAGGUGCUACAUGUAUUUAUUCAUUUUGUGAAUAAGAAGAAUGAAUCACUUACUACCCAAACUCCUUGAAAUAUGUUCUGAAUCAGCACCGUUUUAUCACAGAGAUAAACAUUAAGUCUACUCGAAUCAAAUCCAGAAUAUAGUUAAGCCCUAAUAUCUAUAUAGUUUCUUUAUCAAAGGUGUUGAUAAGACUACCAAAAUCUUUAAAGAAAUAUUUAUCUCUCUAUUUGGAACAUGAAAAUGAUGAGGGGUCAGUAAUGUGGAAGAUUUACUUCCAGUUGAGUUUGAAAUGGGGAUAGCUUGAUGGCAUAUUAUUUUCAGUGUUCAUGAAGAAUUUCACACCAUUCGUAUAUAUAUCACACAGAUUAGAACAAGAUUUAUGACCAAAAGACAUGUAAUGCCUCUACAAAUUGCCUUAUGGUUUAAAGUCUUUGUCUCACUAGUUCCCUGGCCCGGCAGUUGCCUAUUAAAGGCUAUAAGGCAGUCUUGAUCGUAGAUUCUCACUGAUCCGUUGAGUUUUUUCCCCAUAAAAUAAAUCUCUAUUGCAGGUAUGUCCAAUAAUAUGCUUUGCAUGUUUAGUGUGAGAAUAUAUUCCAUUCCCCAUUAAAACUGGCACCCAUAUGACUCAGCUAGUUAGCGAUCGUAAUUAUUCUAAGAAUUACCCCCUCUCUAUUUCUUUUCUUCUUGGGAAUUAUUCAACGGUGUACAUAGAGGGAAAUAGAUUUAUAUUGUGUUGGUGAGUGUAGUUACAUGUGGAAUAUAAUGAUCCAGUUCAUGCUUGGUAUAAUUGAAGGUUUUUUGGUAUCUGUCGAAAUUGUCAAUGUGUAAUCAGUAUUGUAUGUGUCAGAAAAAAAAGAAGAAAAUGUGGGAUCAGUAUUGUCACUAUUUUAUAUCAGAAAUAUUGCUAUAUGAAAUUCUUUGUCACUAACGACUUGUUAUUUCAUGACAUCAGUAGCUAUGGUUGAUGUACAUUAUCAAAGUUUGAAGGAGAAAAAAAAAGGACUGCACAGUAUAUGUAGUUAUCAUGGAGUGAUAACUUGUAUGUGAUAUCGACCUUUAUCAAAUAAGGCCUGUUCACAUUGAUACAUUUGGGACUUGUUACACGAAGUGACUAUCACAUUUAUUUUCAAUGGUCAUUAUGAUAAAAGGUAGAUUGGGAUAUGAAUGUUUCAACAUGAAUUCCAGUGUAUAUUUACUUGUAAGAUAGUUUCUGUAUAUGUUUAUUUAUUCAAAGAUAUAAUAACACUCCUCAGAAAUUAAGUUCCAGGUUACACAACAGUAAUCAGUGCCUUCCAUACGUUCCAGUAGAUUUAUGAAUAUAUAUUUGUAUUACGGUUAAGCAGGGAAGUGGGACCUGGUUUAAGUCCAGCUGGGUCUGCAUAAGUUGAUAUUCUGCAAGUUUAGUAAUUGCACUUGGUUGAAUAGAUUUCUGGAGCCCCAAGAGAUUCAACUUAAAAAAAAGACAGACUUAGCAGGCUUAAAUGAUUCAUUGCUUGUUUGUGAUAUGAGCUAAUGUUAAAACAGAUGAUGUAAAAUGGUGAUAUGGAUCCGAACAAAUGAUUGGUUGAAAUAUAUCAUGUGACCAGUUAACUAAUUUAGUAACGGGGAAAUUUGCUAGUGGCUGGUACUAAUGACUCGUACUAGUAACUGGCCAUGUUUUGAGAUAUGGACUGUUUCACAAGGAUCCACAUCGCUAUUUAUAAAACAAAUAAUGCACACCAUUUGCUCUGGCAUGAGUAAAAAAUUACACGGUUGUUUGGACUGUUACAAAGAUGUCGUUUCUGUUAAGUUUGGACUAUUACAAAGAUGUUGUUUCUGUGAAGUUUGGACUGUUCCAAAGGAAAAAAAAAAGUUUGGGUAAAGAUUCUAAUUCAUGAGCAAAAUUAGAUGCAUUGGAAAAUAGUGAUGGGGUCUUCUACAUAUAUUUAAAGGUCAAGUCCAUCCCAACAAAACGUUGAUUUGAACAAAAAGAAAUAUCCAACAAGCAUAACACUGAUAUUUACAUCAAAAUCGGAUUUGGAGUAAGAAAGUUAUUUCAUUUUAAAUUUUCACUUAAUUUCACAAAACAGUUACAUGCACCUCCUGAUCAGUAUGCAAAUGAGGAGACUGAUGACAUUACUCACUCACUAUUCCUUUUGUAUUGUAUUAUAUGAAAUAUGAAAUUGUCUAAUUUACAAGUGAAAUAAUGGUUAAUUUCUUCCUGAGCAUGUGGAAUUCUUUAAUUCUAUAUGGUUCAUUUAAGUUUUUCCUUAUUGUCAUAUCUGUAGAAGACGAAAUAUUGUAUCAUUCAAACAAUAAAAAACAAAAGAAAUAGUGAGUGAGGGACAUCGACUGUCUCAUUUUCAUGUCACUGAGUUGUGCAUAUCACUGUUUUGUGAAAAAUAAUCAACGUUUUUCUGGGGUAGACUUGGCCUUUAAUAAACCAUCUUUCUGCCAAAACUUAAAGGAAAGAUGUGAUAUGUAACAGAAAGUUAAAGAUUUUAAUGUGUUAACAUUUUAUCAACUGUUCCCUUCUUCCAGAUAAAAGAUUUAAAAGAAAAAUACAGCCGGUUAGAUAUAUUGUUGGCCCUAGAUGAAAAAUAUUCAAUUAACUUUAAGUUAACAGUUGUAAAACAUGAUGCAAAGUAUAAUUUUUGCAACAGUAAUUUUUUUAUUUGUAAAGUCAUGAGGUACUUGACAAAAUUGCUUCACAGAAUCUACCCAGUGCCAAUUUUUUGAAAUAAUUAUCUUUUCAUUUUAUCUUCACUCAUAAACAAGCAUAAUACUAUUUUGAAAGGGUUCUCUUGAGGGUGUUAAUUCUAUAAAUUUGUGUCCUUGGAGCAUCAGUCAUGUCAAAUUGUGCUUGUACAUGCAGGCCAAACACCACAUCCAAUUUCCUGAACAACUACCAUAAAAUCAGAGAAAUCAAGCCCUGAUUACAACUGCAUUUAUGUUGAUGAAAUGGCUCAUUGAUAUUGAUCUUUUAUUAAAGAAUACUUGUGAUAUUUUGCAUAGUUAAUAUGCAAAAACGCAAAAAAAACCCAGAUUGUGCAGGCAGAGAUGUAAAUAUUCUCUUAUUUUAUUGAAUGCAAUCAUGUGAAUUGUACUAUUGUAUUUCAAGAAAGUUGUUGGCAAUUAAAUAUGAUUAUAUUUCUCAAA